ACCAUUGGCAAUUCAACAAAAAUUAAUUAAUAGGAGUAAUUUAUUAGCCCACUAGCCCCAGUCACCUUAAAUACUUUGUCAAUUAAAUUCAACUACUACAAAACGAGUGAGUGACGCACAAAGCAUAACAGCACAAAAUCACAAAAUUAGGGUUUUUGAUUCCUGAGGUUUUACAAUUUUAUGGCGGGAAACGAAGAAUCGAGUACUAAGCAGAAGAAAUCCAAAGGGAAAUCAAAAUUCCAAAGUGUAGAUAUCAUCAGAGACAAUCAACCUCUGAAAUUCCGCCAAAUUUCCACUAACAAUAACCUAGAAGAAGAACCCCAAUUCGAAGACAAUGAUGCUGAAUGGGAAGAAGGAUGCAUUCAAUAUUCUUCAUUUGAUAACAAUGGUAACAAUGAUAAAGAUAUUAAAGGUGUAACUGUUGAAUUUGACGCUUUGCCUGAGUCUCCUAAGAAGAAACGUAUUCGAAGAGUUACUGCAGAAGAUAAGGAAUACGCGGAGUUAGUGCAUAAGGCGCAUUUGCUAUGUUUGAUUGCAAGAGGGAGACUAAUUGACGCAGCUUGUGAUGAUCCUCUUAUUCAGGCUGCUCUACUGUCACUUUUACCACCACACUUGCUGAAGAUAUCAGAGACUAGCCAACUUACAGCAAAUGCUUUGACUCCUAUUAUCUCUUGGUUCCAUCAGAAUUUUCACGUGAAAGGACUUGACAGUGCCGAGAAACCAUUCCAUUCAGCUCUGACAUCCGCUUUGGAAGCACACGGAGGAAGCCCUGAAGAGGUUGCUGCACUGUCUGUUGUACUAUUCAGAGCUCUAAAUCUUACAACGAGGUUUGUGUCGGUUUUGGAUGUAGCUUCCUUGAAACCAGAUCAUGAUGUAGAUGAGCUACCAUAUUUUGAGAGCAGGAGGCAUAGGAAAGGUAUUUUUAGCUCUUCCACACUUAUGGUUAGUGGAAUGAGUACGGGAGCAAGUCUUAGCAAAUCAUCUACUGCCAAUGGAAAGAAUAUCCUUGGAACUUUUGUUAAGCGAGAAAAUUUAUCAACAGAUAUUCAAGUGAAAGAUUCACUUGAAUCUAAUCAAUUGAAACAUUCAGAUCAAACAAUAGGUGAGACUCAAAACAGUUCUGAGGAUGAUAAGCGUCCUAAGAGGAAGGGAGACUUAGAGUUUGAGAUGCAGUUGCAAAUGGCAAUGUCCUCCACUGCAUUGAUAGCUCCUGAAAGGAAACUUGAGGCUUCUACAAGUGACUCUCCUAGUAGUCCAUUGCACUCUUGCUCUCCUUUUAAAAAACUAAAGCGAAUUGCUGAAGAAUCUUCGUCAUCCUCUCAGGCUAUAUCAACUGCUUUUGGAUCCAGAAAGGUAGGAGCUCCAUUAUAUUGGGCAGAGGUCUACUGCAGUGGUGAAAACAUGACAGGGAAGUGGGUCCAUAUUGAUGCUGUUAAUGCUAUUGUUGAUGGAGAGCUGAAGGUCGAGGCCGCAGCUGCUGCAUGCAAGAAGUCUUUGAGAUAUGUAGUUGCGUUUGCUGGACAUGGGGCUAAAGACGUCACACGCAGGUACUGUGCAAAGUGGUACAAAAUAUCGCCACAUAGAGUAUUUUCAGAAUGGUGGAAUGCUGUGCUAUCUUCAUUGAAAGAGCUGGAGUUACGUGCAACAAGUGGAGUUGUCCCUUUACAUCAGUGCGGUAUGAAAUCCACAGAUAUUAUGGGAGAAAAAUCAAAACAUCUCAACCAGGGAUGUGCUUCAGGAAAGAGUAGUUUUGCAGAGAACUAUGUAAAUUUCGAUAAAGAGCAUCAGAAAUUUGCUAUCAGUAGCUCCUCAAUUGACAAUAGAGGUGCCCUGGAGGACAUAGAAUUAGCAACAAGGGCAUUAACUGAACCCCUUCCUACUAAUCAACAGGCGUAUAGAAACCAUCCAUUGUAUGCUAUAGAAAAAUGGCUUACCAAGUAUCAGAUUUUGCAUCCUAAAGGUCCUGUACUUGGUUUGUGUUCUGGUCACACUGUUUAUCCAAGAAGUUGCGUACAAACACUCCACACGAAAGAAAGAUGGCUUCGUGAGGGGCUGCAAGUUAAAGAAAAUGAGCCUCCUUCAAAGGUUGUGAAGAGUAACUCUAGGAAACGUAGCGGACAGGCUGUUGAAAUAGAUGAAUUCAGUGAGACUGGUUCAGAUGGAGUUGUUUCUCUGUUUGGGAAGUGGCAAACUGAACCACUGCGUUUGCCCCCUGCAGUAGAUGGAAUCGUACCUAAGAAUGAGCGUGGUCAAGUGGAUGUUUGGUCUGAGAAGUGCCUACCUCCAGGCACUGUACAUCUGCGAUUCCCAAGGUUGGUUCCCGUUGCAAAGAGACUUGGGAUCAAUUUCGCUCCUGCUAUGGUUGGAUUUGAGUUUCGAAAUGGACGCUCAGUUCCUGUAUACGAAGGCAUUGUGGUCUGCACCGAAUUCAAAGAAGUAAUUCUGGAGGCAUAUGCAGAGGAGGAGCAGAGAAGACAUGAAGAAGAAAUCAGAAAGGAAGAGAGACAGGCACUCUCUCGGUGGUACCAACUUCUCUCAUCUAUGGUUAUCCGGCAAAGGUUAAAUAACACAUAUGUUUACAAUCAGGAGUCAGAAACUGUGGCUGUGCCUUUCAAAACCGAGAAAAAGACUUGUGCUGAUAUUACAAAUUUGAAUGAAAUAACUGAGCCUUGUCAAGAAAAAGUGUGUGCAACUAAGAUUAUUGGAUCAGACAUGCUCACACAGGAUCACGAACAUGUCUUCUUGACAGAUGAUGAGAGUUUUGACGAGGACAGCAUGACACGGUCUAAACGGUGUCGUUGUGGGGUUUCAAUUCAGGUGGAAGAACUAUAGAAUUAGUUUCUGUACUAUUUGAGUAACUUAUCUUGGUAGGCAUGGAAAAUGUUCCCAUUUUGGGAACUUGUGGCUGUAAAAUUGUGUAAAUUAUGUGAAAAGAAACAAGAUUAUAGAGUAGAAUCAGAGAUAAAGCCAAUUUAAUGAGUUCGUAACCAUCCGCACCAUUGGUGGCUCAGAUGCACAUUUUGCAGAAGCUGUGAGUUUUUGCAAGGUGGGUUUCUGCCUUGUGGCUAAAGAGUGUUGCAUUGUUUGGUAUUAGAAUACAGAGGCCAUAUUUGAAAUCCCAGUGAAUUUAAAAUUGGGAUUUUGAGAUGAUUUUGGAAUUCUACUGUGUAAGCAACUCUUUUCCCUUUUUCCCAACAGAGUAGAGGAUUUGUGGAAUCUGUAACACCAAAUUAUUUCCAAGUUUAUAAGGAUGUGUUUUCUAUUCUUCUA